CAAGCUUCAGAGUGAUGCCCUAAGAGAAGCUAUUACUGGAUAUCAAUUGAUGCUAAGGAGAAGAAGCGCAACUGCAAUCUUGAGAGUGAAAUCAUAUGAAACAAAGCAGUAUAAGAAGGGUUUGAAGGCAGCAGAUGCCAUAUUGAAGAAGUUUCCAAACCAUGGAGAGGCAAUCAGCGCAUCUAUUUCUGCCUCAUUCUUCUACUCGUUCAAAUUUUUGAAUCCUUCAAUCAAUCACAAAAAUUACCCACGGCACUUCCUAAUCAACAAACUGUCGACUAUCCGAGCUUCAAGCUUGUCAUCGUCGGCGAUGGCGGCACAGGUAAAACAACUUUUGUUAAACGCCAUCUCACUGGAGAAUUCGAGAAGAAAUACGAACCGACUAUUGGUGUGGAAGUUCAUCCAUUGGAUUUCACCACGAAUUUUGGCAAGAUAA